UUUUGGUCAAUAUGAAAAAUGCACAACAUCUUUUGGUGUAAUGGAAUUAGAUGUUUUAUAUCAAGCUACAACAUUCAUGAAUUUCCGAGUAGAUAAUCAGGAUUUGCUGCUCUUGACAGAUGCUUGACAUGAUCUUGUGUUGAGGGCACUAAAGCUUCACGCUUCAGAGCAACAAAAGCCUUGAGAAUCAAGAGUCCUGCGGGCAAAAUCAGCAGAGUUUGACUGUUUUCAGUCAGUGAACAAAACCCUCAAAAACACAGGAGAGAGAAAAUACUGUCAACUGGAAAAAUACAGACAAAUAUCUCACAACAGACCACCAGAACCCGAGAAAAGAGCUUAAGUGAACGUUUGUGACAGUAUGAUGUAUUUGACCUUCGUCCUGAUGUUCGGCAGUCUUUUGUGUUUGGGCACAAAAUCAUCAAACCCAUUCGAGCGGAAACAAAUCAUGUCUGAAAUCAGAUCUUCAUUCCAGGAGAGUCUUAACAUGAUAAACAAUGCAUUGAAUCAAACUGCACGCAGCAGGUCACGUUCUCCAUCGUCCCCUGAACAGAUGUUUAUGAUCUCCAGACAAGCAGCAUCAGAAAGCCAAGACCUCUCCAAAGCCGCUGAAAUCUUUCAAACGACUUUACAACUUUUAAAAGACAAAGCAAACAGAAGACAGAAAAGAUCACUUCAUGUCUUUGAUCUUCUCUCUGUGGAAGAAGUCGAGCGGAUCGCCGACCUGUCUGGAUGUCCUCGCUCUGUUCAUCCCGGCACCUGCAUCGGAGAAGACAAAUAUCGCAGUCUCUCAGGAGUCUGUAAUAACAGACAAAAUCCUCUCUGGGGAUCUGCUAACAGCGGUUUGCUCAGAUGGCUUCCAGCUGAAUAUGAAGACAAUGAAACUCAACCUAAAGGCUGGAAUAUCGACCGUCAAUACAACGACUUUAAACUUCCUCUGGUUCGGGACGUGAGUGAAAAACUGAUGCACAGCUCUAAUGUGCCGGUAUUGGAGGAUAACUUGUAUUCCCAGAUGCUGGUGGACUGGGGUCAGUACAUCGACCAUGACAUCUCCUUCACCCCUCAAAGCUCCAGUCAAAUGGCUUUUACAGACGGACUGAACUGUCUGCACACCUGUAGAAAUGCCAACCCGUGUUUCCCUAUUCAGAUAUCCAGGACUGAUAAACUCUCCGGCAGUAAAGGUUGUCUUCCAUUUUUCCGUUCUUCACCCGCCUGCCUAGCGGAUCUGCAGCCCAACUCGCAAAACACAACACAACGUCAGCAAAUAAACUCAAUCACUUCCUUUAUAGAUGCGUCUACCGUCUACGGUCAUUCAGAGCAGCUUGAGAAAACUCUCAGAAAUCUCUCAAGUCCUGAAGGUCUGUUGGCUGUCAAUCGAAAACACACUGAUAAUGGGAGGCCGUACCUGCCGUCCGUCACCUCCGGACCGUCCGCGUGCUUUCAGCAGCCCGGCUCAGCGGCGAAUGAACGGGUGGAUUGUUUCGUGGCUGGAGACAGCAGAGUCAACGAGAUUCUGCCCCUGUCGGCCCUUCACACACUCUGGAUGAGAGAACACAACCGUGUGGCCAAACACCUGAGACGACUGAAUCCUCACUGGAGGUCAGAGGUCAUCUAUCAGGAGACACGCAAAAUCAUUGGAGCGCUGCAUCAGAUUAUAACCAUGAGGGAUUAUAUUCCAAAAAUCAUCGGACAGGAAUCGUUUGAUAACCAUCUUGGACCGUACAAGGGUUACGACAUAGCAUUAAACCCAUCUGUGUCGAAUGUGUUUGCUACCGCUGCGUUUCGCUUCGGCCACGCCACCAUUUCACCGGUGCUCAGGAGACUGAAUGAAAGCUUUCAGGAGCAUGAACGUUUCUCUUCUCUGAAUCUUCAUCAGACUUUCUUCAGCCCGUGGAGACUCGUGAAAGAAGGAGGUUUGGAUCCGGUUCUGCGUGGUCUAUUGGGCCGACCAGCUGCCCUUCAAAAUCAAGAUCAUCUUAUGACGGAGGAAUUAACAGAAAGACUCGUGGUUCUCAACAUCCCAGAAUCUCUGGAUUUGGCUUCUCUAAAUCUGCAGAGGGGACGAGAUCACGGCUUACCAGGUUACAACGACUGGAGGAUCUUCUGCGGACACACUCGAGUUGAAACUACAUCAGAUCUUACAGAGGCGAUCGGCAAUGCUGUUUUGGCAGAGAAAAUAAUGGAAGUGUACGGACAUCCAAAUAAUAUUGAUGUGUGGCUGGGUGGACUGAUGGAGCGUCCGCUGCCCGGCGCUCGGACCGGUCCGCUCUUUGCAUGCUUGAUCGGAAAACAGAUGAAGAUGUUAAGAGAAGGUGACAGGUUCUGGUGGGAAAAUCCUGGUAUCUUCACUCAACAGCAAAGACAUGAGCUAGAAACGCAUUCGCUGUCUCGUGUCAUCUGUGAUAACAGCGGUGUGAUGGAGGUUCCUCUCGAUUCGUUCAGGGUAGGAAUUUACCCAGAGGAUUUCCAUUUCUGUACUGACAUCCCAUCAUUGAACCUGGAGGCUUGGAGAGAGAAACCAGACAACUGCACUGUUUAGAUGUGAUGGGACGGAUCAGAGGAAUCUACUUUAUGACUAUACUGGAGUUAUUUUUGUCCCAAUACCUCUUUUCAGAACUUAAAAAUAAGUUCUGAAAAUACUUUUUUGCGACUGAUCUUAUUGCAUAUGAAAUUGUAGAAGUUGCCCUUUCAGGCCUUAUAUUUAUAGGAGGAGAGGAUUUAAAUAAAUUGUGUGAUUUACAUGAUUUACUUACAUUUACGCCAUAAUUUAACGCCCUUAAAAAUAUAAAUUGUCUUAAAUGUAAAGUCUUAAACUUCAUUGGUCAUUAUGAAAAUUAGAUUUUAGUGCUGUGUUGUUUAACUCUUUCCCCGCCAUUGACAAGUUAUCUCGUAAAUUAAGAGAAAAAGCUUCCCUGCCAACGACGCUUCCCUGACGGGUUUUAUGGUAAUUUGUAAUAAUCUGUAACCUGUCACAAUUAUCCACUAGGUGGCGCUCUUACACAACUUAUAAAACAUUGAAGCAUCCACUGAUCCAAAAACAGUAAAUAAUUUGUGUAUGUUUUGAUCAUCGCUCUCAAUCUGAUCUCUAACAAGUAUUUACAAAAAUGCAAUUAUUUCAACUUUUUGCUCAAAAUGUUGUAUUUUUGAAAAACCUACCCAUAUUUGAAGAUAUUAAAAUAUUAAUGAAGAUGGGUUGAAAACAAAUUGGUUUGUUUGU